GCCUUGCAGAGUGCAGGCUGGCCGGCGCGGCUGCGCUGCUUUGGCCACAGCCCUGCGCGGACCCUGUGCGGUCGGUUCAGAGGAGAGACAUGGAAUAUCGUUAUCCCUUGGUCCCACAUGACGAGGCCCCAAAGUUUGGGAAUUCCGAAAACCAAGGGGAGGAGCGCGGCAGCGUGCCUGCGGCCGCCGGGACCCUGGAGAGCUCUGUGCUCGGCGCCAAAAGGCUCCUCCCGGAGGCCCCAGAAGAGGAAGAGGAGGCCGAGGGCCCGCUCAGGGAGCAGGACCUGAAGGGGGCCUACAUCCAGCUGGUCCGGGGCACGCAGGAGUGGCAGGACGGCUGCGUCUACCAAGGGGAGUUCGGGCUGGACAUGAAGCUGGGAUACGGAGAGUUCUCCUGGCCCACGGGCGAGUCUUACCACGGGCAGUUCUACCGGGACCACCGGCACGGCCUGGGCACCUACAUGUGGCCGGACGGCUCCAGCUUCACGGGCAUGUUUUACCUCAGCGCCCGGGAGGGCUACGGCACCAUGUACCUGAAGGAGAGGCUCUUCCAGGGGCUGUACAAGGCAGACGAGCGAUUCGGGCCAGGCGUCGAGACCUACCGGGAUGGCAGCCAGGACGUGGGGCUGUGGUUCCGCGACCACCUCCUCAAGCUGUGCGUGGAGAUCCCCAACAGCCUCUCCAUCCACAGCUACCCCGAGUUCUCGGGCUACCUGACCCACACGCCCUCCAUAGUCACCCUCGCGGACGAGGAGAAGAUGGACUGGGGCCUGGAGGAGGGGCAGGACCCGUUCUUCUACAGCUACAAGCGGUUUCUCCUGAAUGACGACCUCACUCUGCCUCCGGAAAUCUGUAUCUACUCGACCGACAACAGCCACCUGCCCAUGACCUCCUCCUUCCGCAAAGACCUGGACGCCCACAUCUUUCUGAACGACAUCCCGCCGUUCGUUGAUGACGGGGAGCCCUGGUUUAUCAGAAACGAGACCCCUUUGUUGGUCAGAAUCCAGAAGCAGGCUUACAAGUUCAGGAACAAGAGGGCUUACAGCAGCUGGAACAUGGAUGCCAUCCUGGAGGGGCGGCGGAGUGGCUUUGCGCGCCGUGGGCCCAAGGAGCGGCUCUCCAAGGAGAUGAUCCUGAAGGCCCAGGAAGGGAAUUAUGACUGGAUUUACGGGAUCCUGAGGGACAACCUCGCCAGCCCCGAUGUGGCCGAUGCCAAGGGCUACACGGUGCUUGCUGCCGCUGCUGUUCACGGUCACAUUGACAUCGUCAACCUCCUGCUGGACAAUGGGGCCGACGUGAACAAGUGCACGGAUGAGGGCCUCACCCCGCUGAGCAUGUGCUUCCUCCUCCACUACCCGACCACGUCCUUCAAGCCCAACAUCGCCGAGAGGACGGUGCCCGAGCCCCAGGAAGCUUCGAAGCCCGUCACCACGACCCAGCAUUCCUUGUCUAUUCCGGAAUCGCCCGCGGAGCCGGUGGUUCUGGAGGAGCCGGUCCCGGCAGGCCCGGAGUGGAAGCAGCCCUCCACUCGGCUGAACAUCGAGGAGAGCCGCCGCGGGGCUCGGGAGCGGGGCUCCGCGUCGGGGAGGAGCAGCACCAGCGACUCGGGGCGCUCUCAGGGCGCGGCGUUGGGGACGCCUGGCCAGAGCUCGGCCUGCAGCCACGACUCGGACUUCGAGUCCAGCCGGGCCGUGCGCCAUUUCCACAUCGACCUGCCGCAGGAGCUGCUGGAGUGCGGCGCGCGGGGGCACAGCCUGCUGCAGACCCCGGGCCCCGCACCCGCUGACCGGGGUGUCAUGAGGAGGAUGGCGCUGGGCAUGGUCCAACACAGGCGCAGGUGGGCGACCAUCACCCUCCUGCUGCAACGCGGCGCCGACCCCAGCCUGUGCCGCACGCCCAUGCAGGCCCUCUUCUUUGCCGUCAAGGCCGGGGACGUGGACGGGGUGAGGCUGCUGCUGGAGAACCGGGCCAGGACGGACAUCCAGUUCACGCCGGAGCUGGGGGCCCUGACCCCUCUCCACAUCGCAGCCGCCCUCCCUGGGGAGGAGGGCGUCAAGAUAACAGAGCUGCUGCUCCACGCCAUCACCGAUGUGGACGCCAGGGCAGCCGACCAGGACGACGUGUACAAACAGGGCAAGCUGGACCUGCUGCCUUCCAGCCUGAAGCUCAACAACGAAGCGGGCCCGCCCGGGACCUACUACAGCAAGCACACAUCAGUCCCUGACGAGGGGGGCAGGACGGCCCUGCACGUGGCCUGUGAGCGGGAGGACAGCUACAGGUGCUCCAGGGAUGUCGUCCGGCUCCUGCUGGCCCACAGAGCCAACCCCAACUUGCUGUGGAGCGGCCACUCCCCGCUCUCCCUGUCCAUCGCCAGUGGCAACGACCUGAUUGUGAAGGAGCUGCUGUCCUGCGGAGCUGACCCCAACAUGCUACUGACCAAAGGCUUGGGCAGCGCCCUGUGUGUGGCCUGUGACAUCAUCUAUGAGAGCCAGAGGAGCCUGGAGAGCAGGCUGGCCCUGAUUGACCGGCUCAUUAAUUACGGGGCUGACAUCCUGAACCCUGUGACACUUUCACAGGGGGACAAAACGGCUGUGGGCACAGCGGUCGACUAUGGGUAUUUCAGAUUCUUCCAGGACCGGAAGAUAGCCCACUGCCCCUUCCACAUGCUGAUGCCCGCAGAGCGGGAGACAUUUCUGGCCCGGAAGAAGCUCCUGGAAUACAUGGGCCUCCAGCUGCGCCAGGCUGUCUUUGCCAAGGAGUCCCAGUGGGACCUGAAGGUGCUGCAUCUAAGCAAGAGAGCGGAGCUGGCCCCCUGCCUCCGGCUGAAGCGGAGGGGUGGCAUGCCCAAGGGCCAGGACUUGCCGGAGCAGGAGCAGAUUCCCUUCUUCAAGUUCUGCUACCAGUGCGGCCGCUCCGUCGGGGUGCGCCUGGCACCCUGCACCCGCUGCUACGGGAUCCUGGCCUGCAGCAAGUACUGCAAGACCAAGGCCUGGUCCGACUUCCACAAGAGGGACUGCAGCGGCCUCGUGGCCAUUGGAGAAAUGUACCGAAUGACAUUCAUAAAGAAACCCCUGAAGCAACUUGGCAACGAGCCCCAGGGGCCUGAGGCCCAGAAGCCGCCACGCAAGGCCAGGUGCCACGUGUCAUACUCCACCUACGGUCAUGAGUGAGCAUCUGGGCGCCCCGCUGACACACGGGGCUCCCAGAGCACCCCGAGGCUUCGUCCUUGCCUGCCGAGGGAAGAAGGCCUUCACAGCAACCUUGGCCUCCGGGGGGAGCUGGGCCAGUGGGCUCGGGGGCCUGUCAGGACUCGAGCAGGGGCAGGCAGGUGAGCACCCCAUGCUGCCCGGCGGGGUCCACGGAAGCCUCCUCCCAGUCUGCUGCCCGGCCCCUCCCCAGGCUGGGGGCCCUUGGCGCUACAGGGCCCCGACAACCAAGAAGCUUUGUUGAAUGCUUGCACAGCAAGCCAGUGGGUGGUGACCCCUGAAUAAAGUGACCGUCAGUGGCUGGCACCUCUGCUGCUGCCUCCGGCUGGGGUCUGGGGCCCGCAGACGCUGACGCUGGAGAGGCUGCCCCACUGGGGCUGCAGGGCACGUGGGGGCACAAGGGCGGGGCUGGUGGCAUCACUCGGGUUGUGCAGGACUCUGCUUGGGCAGGCAGAGCAGCUGGGCAGGGGUCCCUGCUCUGGUGAGAUGCCAGCUA